AUGAGUUUGAUUGUCACUGGAACCAUCGGGAUCGACACCGUCGAAACACCAGAAGCCGGACGCCGCGAGGAACUCCUCGGCGGCUCCGCGGUGUACUUCUGUGCCGCAUCGUCUUUCUACACCAAGCCCCGUCUCGUUGCUGUCGUCGGAGACGAUUUCCCCGAGCCCUUCAUGGACACGCUCAAGUCCUUCGAUGCCGUGGACCUGACAGGUCUCGAAGUCCGCAAGGGGUCCAAGACCUUCCGCUGGGGUGGCAAGUACCACGACGACAUGGACCACCGCGACACGCUGUUCACCGAACUCGGCGUCCUCGAAGAAGCACCGCCGGUCGUCCCCGAGUCAUUCAAAGACUCGAAAGUCGUCUUCCUCGCAAACUCCCAUCCGAUGGUCCAGCUCGGGAUGCUCGAGCAGCUCGAUAGCCUCGACCUCUCCGUCGUGGACACGAUGGACCUCUGGAUCGACAUCGCCAAACCCGAACUCACCAACCUGCUCGGGAAGGUCGAUGGACUCGUGCUCAACUUCGACGAAGCGGAGCAGUACACCGGACACCGCAACCCAGUCGCGGCAGGCAAGCACCUGCUCGAACUCGGACCACGCUUCGUCGUGAUCAAGAAAGGCGAGCACGGCUGCAUCCUCGUCCACCGCGACGGACUCUGCGCCCUCCCAGCGUACCCAACCGAGCACGUCGUCGAUCCAACAGGAGCCGGUGAUUCUUUCGCCGGCGGAUUGAUGGGACGCCUCGCAUCCCGAGGCGGACACGACCUCGGAUCAUUCGAAUCCGUCCGCGACGCGCUCGCGCACGGCACCAUCAUCGCGUCCUUCAACGUCGAGUCCUUCUCGCUCGAACGCAUGCAGUCGAUCACCCGCAAGGAUGUCCACGACCGCUACGACCAGUACGCCGCGAUGAUGCGAUUCAGUGAAUAA